AUGGCAGACGAAAUGGACGUAGACACGAAUCUCUUUUCUGGAAACACUCUCAUGGAUGACAAGACUCGACGCAUGCAUCGGAAUUCCAGCGCCUCUGACGUGGUUCGAGAGGACGGUCUAAUCAGCCUGUCGGACAGUCGGCAGCAGGAAGUCACUGAGGCUGCAAAACAAGAUCUGGGUGGCCGACCUUCCAAAGCGCCGGCCGCCAGCCACAAGAAGGCGUGGUCGCUUCCAAAGUUCUUGAAGCCAUACAUAAUCGGCAGUGAUAAUCACCAGCGCUGUGAAAACAUGAAGAUGGGGGAACUUUUCGAACGCUAUCAAAACCUUCAAGGGGAUCUCGAGGCACUGAAACAAACCAACGGAAGCCUCCUAAAGGCCCAGAGAACCGCCGAGGAUAAUGUUGUGCACCUGAUCUCUGACGUCGAAUCAACCAGAAAGAUCAACGAGAAGCUCGAAGGCGAUAAGAAGAAUGCUCGCAUCGAGAUCGCUCGCUUGCGUUCCCUGCUAGAUGCCGCCAACGGACAGCUUCAGGCACAUGCACAAAUGCACCGCCAGGAGAAGGCGCGUCUUCAAGCCGAGAUCAGCUCCCUUGCCAAAACUAGCGAGGAAUUCCGCGACAUGCUUAUUCCUGUCUCAGAGAAGCAGGCUAGUGAUGCUGAUAUAAUGCAAAGGUUCGCAAGCCUACGCUCCGAUAUCCUCAGACUUGUCAGACAAACCUGGAGCAUGGCAUUCAAAGACGGUGUUGAUACUCGGCUCUUAUCUGGCGACCAGCAAGAGUUCUUGAAAUCCGAAAUUCCUGCCACAUACGAUCGACUUCGCCAGGUGGUCUUUUCCUGCGUAUACCGCAACAUUCUUGGCUCGCAGAGAUACUUUCUCAAAGAGGAACUUGAGAACCUUGAGCAGCUGUUCUUCAGGGCGGAGGGAGAGCUGAGCAGAAAGUCAUCACAAGAGAACUGUAAGCCCUUCAUUGAGUGGCGGAAUGCUACCUUCAAGGUGACGGAACCUUUCAGAGACCACAGCCGCCACUGGUCCUCUUGCACACAGGACCAAAUCUGGAACUUCCUUGGCCCUCUGCAAACAAAGAGCGCGGAUGCAGAACAGAACGGCAGAAAGAGAUUGAAGACAAUCUGUGACGACGCUGUGGAACUCAGCCUCAUGAUUCGACAACUGAACAACAUUGUUCUUGUUGAGAAUUUGGCCUAUGCGAUUGGCCAACCCCUCUCGAAGUUGAAUCACAUCGCUGAAGAAAUGGCAUGUGUGGAGGCGAAUGACAGCCACCAGCCCGGUGUCAUUGCAUACGUGAUUGCUGGAGCUCUCAUCAGGCCUCCACAAGGGAAAAUCAAGGACGUCAUUGUUCUCGAGAAGGCGCACGUUGCCGUCUAUAGGGGCAAAGACGUGAGGGACUUGACUCUCAAGUCCAUCCUGAUACGGGAGAGCAGACUUCUGCUCUCGUUCAUUGAGCACAAGGAGCACCGAUGUUGGCUACCUUACCAGAUGAGCAUACUCGCAAGUGAUUUCUGCACUGAGCCAUCCUCAUGUCUCACGGGGCUCCAGGCCCGUUUUCCAAACGGCGGCGGCCCCGUGUUGAUGAGGGGUCGCGCAGGGUCUGCCACCUGCCAGUGGACAAUUGCAUGUUCUCAGGUGAACUGCAGCAGUGCAGGCGAGCGAAGAGAGAGGAUAGGGAAGAAGGAUGCCCGAACUUUAAGACUGACCGACAUCAUCUCCAAGCGCGCCGCCUCCACGUCGGCGAGGGGCGACAUUGAGAGGUCUCCGACGGCCCUCGUUCUCGAGGACUACAUUGUCGAGCGAAUCCUCCGCAGCCCUGGUUUCCACAGCACGGUCCGUCGAAUCCAUCGUAAAGUACAAGACCAGAGGCAUGGCCGCGAUCCGAACGAGCCGCUGCACCCGGGCGAGGCGACAGAACUGCCUGGGGCGAACGAAAACAAGUCCUUCCCUAAAUAUUUCGUCGAGGAGUUGAUGAACCAGUUCCGUGGCUCGCCAACGAACCCGCCGCCGCCACCAGGCCCUCCUCGAAAGCCGAGAUGA